GUUUCAAUCAUCGGGCCCCAAAUGACAGCGGGCCGAGAGCCCAUUGGGGUUCUUCUUCCCUCGUGAUUACUCCAAUUUUCGGCCGAACUACAGUAGACACGGCUCCGUCUCUCUCAUCAAAACAAGUUCAGCUGGGAUUUCUCUCUCCGGCUCCGGCGUUUGUCAGUGUCAGCCAAAAUCGGCGGCGAGCUAGAAAGGGAAAUCAGGGGAAUUUAGGGAAGCUAAGCUCAAACGAUGUUGAAGUUUCUAUCGAAGGUGAGGAUAGAGUUCAACGCAUUGGACCCGCGCCUGGCAUCGUGUAUGGAAUUCUUGGCGCAGUGCAAUGCUCGCAAGGCCAAAGAAUCGAACCCGGCCUGCCAGGUCCAGGUCAAGCGCCGCACCGACGACCACCCGCCGCAGAUCACCGUCACUUUCGUCAACGGCGUCGAGGAGGUCUUCGACGGCACCCAGACUACUGCCCAGACGAUACGGAACAUGAUUCUGGAGAAAGGCCAGUACCUCGAGACGGAGCAAAUGUUUCGGGAAGCCGGGGAGAAAUGGCCGGUUGUCAUCCCUGAUGAAGAGCUCAGUAUGCAUGCUCCGGGAACCAAGCCGAGGAAAGCAGAAGACAAGAAGUGAAACCAUCCCUUUUCCAGCCAGCAUUUUUCAUCAAAGUCAUCAGCAGGAGAUCAACUAAUCUCUCCAUGAUUUCGAUAAGAUCAUGGAUUAAAUUUUGCUGCUGUGGAUGCUUAUGCUUGUGAUUGGAUGAUCGUCUAUGAAAGAUUAGCAUACUUUUUUCAGUUCACUCAUCUGUAGGAAGUUGCUGAUGUUGUUAUUACUGUUUAUCAAGGUUCUUCAUGCAUUAUCCGACUCGAAACCAUGUGGUCCUUUCAAUAAAAAGCUGCUCUUGUGC